AGCCGGGUGAGCGGCGGCAGCGGCCGGGGAUCCCGGAGCCAUGGGGCGCGCGCGCGAUGCCAUCCUGGAUGCGCUGGAGAACCUGACAGCCGAGGAGCUCAAGAAGUUCAAGCUGAAGCUGCUGUCGGUGCCGCUGCGCGAGGGCUACGGGCGCAUCCCAAGGGGCGCGCUGCUGUCCAUGGACGCCUUGGACCUCACCGACAAGCUGGUCAGCUUCUACCUGGAGGCCUACGGCGCCGAGCUCACCGCUAACGUGCUGCGCGACAUGGGUCUGCAUGAGACGGCCGGACAGCUGCAGGCGGCCACGCACCAGGGCUCUGGAGCUGCACCAGCUGGGAUCCAGGCCCCUCCUCGGUCAGCAGCCAAGCCAGGCCUGCACUUUGUAGACCAGCACCGGGCUGCGCUUAUCGCGAGGGUCACAGACGUUGAGGGGCUGCUGGAUGCCUUGUACGGGACGGUCCUGAAGGAUCAGCAGUACCAGGAAGUGCAGGCCGAGUCCACCAACCCAAGCAAGAUGCGGAAGCUCUUCAGCUUCAUGCCAGCCUGGAACUGGACCUGCAAGGACUUGUUCCUCCAGGCCCUAAGGGAGACCCAGUCCUACCUGGUGGAGGACCUGGAGCGGAGCUGAGGCUCUUUCCCAGCAACACUCCAGUCAGCCCCUGGCAAUCCCAACAAACUCAUCCUGCAUCUGAUGUUUUUGUACACAAUACAUGAAAAGCCAGCUUGAACUUGUGUGUUUUCCUGCUUCUAGCCUGCUGGCAUGUGCAGAGCUCAGCUAUGCUUCAGAGGCCGCCCAGCCUCCAGC